AGCGCGCGCGGGCUUCCGCGUGCACCUCUCGCAUCCUCACUUGUGGGCUGACUUUACAAAGGAAACACCGUUAUUCGCGCACGCGCGCGCCGCACACGUGAAUUAGAGAAGACUCUCCUCGCGCGCAGUCACUGACUGAAGCCCGUCUGAAAUUUAUGUUUAGUCGUUUUUAAAGCUUUUCCCUUAAAAAACAGUCUUUCAUUUUUCUGAAGAAUCUCGGAGACAGCCUCGCAAACGCGCGAGACACUUCACGAGCAACAGGAGGAGCAACAGGGGGUUUCUAGUCAUUCUUGACUUGACUUUUCCCCCGUAAACUGCAGCUCUGGUUAAAGUUUUCUGCCGGAAAACGAGUAAAUCUAAUCCAAGGACCGAGCGGACCGGUAUUUUGACCCGGGAUAGACCCUGUCUGACCUGGGAGAGGCUCUCAUCCAUACACGUAUUUCCUCCCAACAUGCGCUCAUCAGGGAACAGCAUGUGGUUGCUCUACAGCCUGGUUCUGGUCCUGGUUCCGCCCUCUGUAGGAUACAGUCUGGAUGUGGAACACAGUUUAGAGUUCGGCGGUCCCUCCUCUUCCUGGUUUGGGUACUCUGUGCUGCUGCAUCGGAGUGGAAGACAAACCUGGCUGGUGGCAGGAGCUCCGGUGGCAAACGGGUCUUCCAGUCUGCCAGUUCGAUCCCCUGGAGGUGUUUACCGCUGCAACAUCACGCCUGAGCCUCGGACUUGUAAACAUAUGCAUACUGAAGUGUCUAGCUGUGGGAAGACCUGUGAGGGUGAGAGUGAUCACCAGUGGCUUGGAGUCAGUCUGUCUAGACAACCUGGAGAAGAAGGCGGACGUGUGCUGGCCUGUGCUCACCGCUGGAAGAACGUCUUCUACUCAACUAAAGACUCUCAGAGCAACAAGCUGCCCAAUGGAGUUUGUUUUUCCUUCAGCAGUGACUUAGAAACCUCCCAGCCCUACAUCCCAUGCUACAUAGACCAUCAAAGGAAGUUUGGUGAGAAUUAUGCAUCAUGUCAGGCGGGAAUUUCCAGUUCCAUGACUGAGGAUCUGGUCAUCAUGGGGGCACCGGGAACGUCUUAUUGGACAGGUUCCGUUAUUGUCUACAACACUUCCAGUCGACAGAUUUCAGCCUAUGGGAAUGAUGAGACUGGAGCUGUCAACUUUGGGAGCUACCUGGGUUACUCUGUUGGAGCUGGUCACUUUCUCAGUCCUUCAUCUGUGGAGGUGGUGGGUGGAGCUCCACAGUACAACCAGAAAGGCAAGGUCUUCAUAUUCACAGUGGACAACAGCAGACUGCGUAUUGUGUUUGAACUACCUGGGAAAGAGUUUGGGUCAUAUUUUGGCUCCAGUGUCACCGUGGUGGAUCUGAACGCUGAUGGCCUGUCAGACCUUUUGAUUGGGGCUCCUAUGGCAACAAGCAACACCAGAGAGGAGGGAAAAGUACAUGUGUACAUCAACGAGGGACAGGCAAAGCUGGUGGAGGCUGAGUUUCACCUGACUGGCAGCAGUGCUUACGCUGCCCGAUUUGGACAGUCCAUCGCCAACCUGGGAGACAUGGACGAUGAUGGCUACCCAGAUGUGGCGGUUGGUGCCCCACAGGAAGAUGACCUCAGAGGAGCUGUCUACAUUUACAAUGGGAGGAAGGAGGGCAUUUCACCAACGCCAUCGCAGAGGAUCACCGGGUCCUCUUUGGGGCGUGACUUGAUGAUGUUUGGACAGUCCCUGAGCUCUGGCGUUGACAUUGAUAAUAACAACUACAAAGAUGUGGCGGUCGGUGCCUUUCUCUCAGAUUCUGCUGUAAUUCUCAGGGCCCGCCCUGUGAUCCAGGUGAAGGCAUCUCUAACUCUGCCUGAACAGAUCGACCAAAAGGCGGCCCUGUGCCACGACCGCGGCACUCCGGCCGUCUGCAUCAAUGUCACCAUCUGCUUCAAUGCUACAUCUAAACACUUCAAAGGACUGAUAGAGCUGCAGUACAACUUGACCUCUGACCUUAUCCACAAAUCCUCCUUUCCUCAUCGCUUCUAUUUCCAUGGUAACGGCUCAUUGAACAGUACAAAGGGAGAAGUGAGAACCCGACAUGGCCGCCUCACGUGUAAAACACACACAGCUUAUCAAAGGAAAGAUGUGAAGGACAUUUAUACUCCAGUUCAGUUUGAAGUUUCCUAUGGUCUCAAAGAAACAAAGUCCCCAAAACAUCCCUCCAAAGCUUUUCCUCCAUUGAAACCCAUUUUGCAGCACAGUCCAGGACAACGCCACACCUUCAUCAACCAGACUCGAUUUGCUCGUUCCUGCUCUCAGGUGAACUGUUCAACAAACAUGCAGCUGUCGAGUCAUUUAGUGCUGCCUGAUCAGCAGGACUUUGUUGCUCUGGGCUCUGCACAAACCAUCAUCCUGAAAACAUCUCUGCUGAACUCUGGAGACGAUGCUUUCCUGCCUCGACUGACGCUGCGAUUCCCUGACAACAUCCACUAUGUCAAAGUGCUGCAGAACCAAGACAACCUGAUCAGCUGUGAUGUGAUGAAGGAAGCCAACUCCACAGAUGUGAGCCUCUCCUGUAUGGUUUCCAGCCUUGUUCUGCCAGCCGGCUCUCAGAUGAAUAUCAGCUUUCUGUUUGAUGUGAACCACAACAGCACGCCCGGUGACGUCCUCAUUCAAAUGAACACCAGCAGUGACAAUUAUGAGAUGGAGAAGUAUCUCCAUGACAACGCCAUGAGCCUUGUCUUUCCUCUUAAAUAUGGAGUCAGUGUCAACAUCCACGGUUUUGUUUCUCCAACUUCCUUCUUAUUUGGGGAUGAAGACACAAUUCCAGCCGAGUGCUACUCAGAGAAACUCAACUACACGUUUAAGGUGUUAAAUUCUGGUCCCAGCAGAUCAGUGGACACUGUGAUCGACAUUAGACUGCCAAAGAUCCUUUCUCCUCAUCAACACAAACUGCAGAAGCUGAUCAGCUUGAAGUCGUCACAUGGCGAGUGUUCAAUCAGCAGCAAAACCAUUUCCGUCUUCGAGGACUGCGACGUCCCUCAAGCUUCCUCCAUCCAGAAGCUCAUCUCCUUCUUCUCACCAACCUCCACACGCAUUUUGUUCUGUGGCCAUGGAGAUGAGCUGUGUGAACACUUGAUAUGUCGCCUCGGGAGCCUGGAUGUGGGACGAGAUGCUACCAUCCUGCUGGAGGUCAAUCUGAACCCUGCUGUGCUGCUCCAAGAACCGGGCCGUCACGGCAUCAUGAUGUUGGAGAGCACCGCGGUGAUGUCCUCUCCGAGAGAGGAUCCCCACACUGUCCUCAUGCAGGGUCUGCCGUUCACUCAGGUGUCGGUGGAAGCCGUCUUUACCCAGAAGCUCACUACAGUGGUGCAAAUCUUCAUCAUUGUUGUCAGUUUGGUUUUAGGACUGACGAUCCUCGCUGCUCUCAUCUGGUGUCUGUGGAAGGCCGGUUUCUUUAAGAGGAACUUCCAGAAAAAGGAGGAAGAGGAGUUCAACAGAGACAGCUGGGAUUAUGUUCCUAAACCUAAAAAAAGGGAGAGCAAUGCCUAACACCCCCACCACCUCUGAACUGCUGCUGUUUGGGACCUGCCUCUGACCUUUGAGCACAGGGGGCAGCCCUCUGUGUGACGGUGCUCCAGCUUUAAGCAGACGUUCAGCCGCAUAGACUGAAGCUCAGCGCUCCACAGGGGAACAUCCUCCUCUCAGGAGCCUAAACGGAUGAAGCUGAACGCGUUGGGACACACCUCUUUUGGGGAACCGGGACAGAAGACAUUUCUGUUUGACUCUGAAGAAGGAAAAAGCAACCAAAGCAAAGCGACUUUCUGGUUUUCUCAGGGAUGCACUUCUAGAUUCUGAUUGGCUCGAUAUUGUCUUUGCUUGCAACAUAAUUGCUCAUCACAAGGUCAGGAUAUCAUAUUGUUUCAGUUUUUCUUUCUGAUGGGGAAACAAAGUAUCUGCAGGGGUGUGCAAGGAAAGGGAACUACUACACCUGCUGUGACCUAAAGCAUGUUUUACUGCUGCGUUUAAAUGAAUCAUUAUUUAUGAAUGUUAUGGCUCCAUUUAAGGAGGUGAAGGAAAUGCUUUUGUUCACUUGUAGCAAAGCAUGCUGGGAGAGCCACACGUGCCAUCCAUCCUGUUGAAGAAAUAGAUGUAAGAGUCACAUGUUUCCUGAUACUUGAUGUAAAAAGAGAGGAGGAUUAUAGGACAGCUUCAGAUGAAUCUUUAGAUCAAUAUCGGUUUUAUUUAAUUUAUGUGCUGCUUUAUGAGAAAACAGAAGAGAAAGCAGAAGCCACAAGGAAUCAGGAUAAAAAAAUACAUAGAAAAUAAAGUAGCAAAACAUAUUUAAAGGAUUGUUUCAACUUGUUGUAUUCUGUGAAUGCAAACAGUGUAACCGCUUCCUUCCAUUGCUGUACAAUGUGCAACAAAUAUCAGUGUUUUAGUUUGUUUUUUUAAAGAGUUUUGUGAAUUAUUUCAUUUUUAAAAAACUUUUUGUGCACUGGAAAGUCUCACUGAUUUCUAUCAAUAAAAAACAUUAAGAAUUAAAAUAUUUUAUACAAAACAAACGCUUCUUUCCUUCAAUGUUUUGGCCAAAAUAUACAUUUCAGAGAUGUGUAAAAAAUUAUCGCAGAUUUUUUAUCUGCGUUUUUGAAUGUAAAUUCUGAAAAAACUGCUGGAGCUACACCCUGAAAUAAAAAAAA